CAAUAAAGCUAGAAUUCUAAGAGUUCUGAAUACUUUAGACAUCUCAUCUCAUCGGACCUGUGCGUCAUCUCAAGCCUUUUUUGAUUGGUUCUCUCAUUAUCCUCACUUUACAGAUGAAGAAACAGGUUCAGAGAGUCAGUGACUUGCCCAGGACCUCAUAGCAACCGAGUGUCUGAGGGCAGGACUUGAACCCUGCUGCAGUUCCCCUUAUUCUCAGGUCGGAGCAGUGCAACACAUCUUGCCUCACGCACUGGCACUGGUGCGGGUGAACCCUACCCUCGCGGUGCCCUCGGGGGCAGUUCCCUAGGCGGGAAGUCUCUGCGGAACUGCCGGCUGACCAGGCUCGGAUGAGGGAGUCGCCCCAUGCUGGGGAAACUCCUAGAUCUCAACUCCAGAGUCAGAGGAAAGCGAACGAGUCCUGCUGUGGGGCUGUGUGUGAGCCUCCCGGAGGGCUGCCCCUACACGGCCUGCUCCUGGAGGCAGAGGCCUUCCCGGGCCCCUCCGAGACCUGCCCUUCGGCUGGCUGGCCCGUUGGCAAAAUGUUGGGACUGGACUACUCGGUAAAUGGCUUGGUGGUGACGCUGAUGAUCUUGCUGAUGGUGGUGAUGAUGAUACUGGCUUUACAGGUCUUAAUUCAUUUGGUCCCCACAACCACCCCAAGAGGGACAACAGGUCCCAUCUGUGCAAAGGACAUCUGUGAUUCCUUGAUGAAAGAACUAGCCUUCCUUUCUGGUGGCAGAGGGAAAAAUAAUGACUACAUUAUAACAUUUCCAGAAAACUCCAGUUUCAAAGAAGUACCAGAGGAUGUCUUUAAAAAAGUGUUAACUUACUUAACGUCCCUUGCCAGAAAACGUGUACCAGAUACCAAAUUUAUCAUUAUUUUGGAUAGAAGAUUGGAUACCUGGGCAUCUGUAAAAAUCAGUCUCCAAAGAAUUGCAGCCUCUUUUCCAGGGAACUUGCAUUUGGUUAUGGUGUUGAGGCCCACAAGUUUUAUCCAACGCACUUUCACAGACAUUGGCUUUCGGUUCAGUCAAGAUGAUUUCAUUCUCAAAUUGCCGGUUGUAAUGCUUAGUUCGGUCAGUGACUUACUGAAUUACAUUGAUGAGAAGCAGUUAACCCCUGAGUUUGGAGGGACCUUGGAAUACUGUCACAGUGAAUGGGUUAUCUUUAGAACAGCUAUUGAAAAUUUUGCCCUGACUGUGAAGGAAAUUGCACAGAUUUUGCAGUCCUUUGGGACUGAGUUGGCUGAAACUGAACUGCCAGAUGAUGCUUAUUCCAUUGAGCGACUACUGAAAAUUCGUACUGAAAAAUACUUGCAGUUGAAGGAACAGAUUAAAACUGUUACAAAAGAAGGAAAUGUGCUGCUGAAGACCUUUGAAGUGCCUAAGACCAAAGACUCAAAGAAGGAAUCUUCUCAAGAACAAUCUGGAGACUGGGAAACUAUUCAGAGAUUACUUGCUCAAUUGCAUGAUAUGGAAGCAGCCUUUGAUGAAUUUUGGGAUAAGCACCAACUCAAGAUGGAUCAGUUUGUACAACUUUGGAGAUUUGAACAAAAUUUUCUAGAGCUAAAGGGUGCUGUCGAAUUCUUAAUGGAACAGCAGGCCGCCAUACCCAGUACUGGAGAAAAUGUGGCAGAUGUAAGGCAAAAGCUCACAGAGUUGGCGACCUUGGAUGAGAUGUCUAAGGAGUUGAUUGGGAAGGCCCAUCUCAUGAUACUACAAGGGCAUCAGCUUGCAGCCAAUCACCACUAUGCCGUUGAGUUAAUCUGCCAGAGAUGCAAUGAGUUAAGACACCAGAUGGAUGUAUUGUCCGAAGAGCUGAAAGCCAAAGAGAAGAAGCUCAGCAAGACCUUGGAACUCCAGAAUCGGCUGCGCCAGGCUCUCCUGUGCUGUGAUGAGGGGGCCUAUCUCCUUGCUAAUCAGCCGAUGGAUAAAUGCCAGGCAAAAGAAGGUGCUCAGAGAGCUCUUUAUGACAUCGAGAAGUUCCUUGAUGUGACUCUCCCCAAUUUAAAGUAUGAUCCUCGUGUCCUACAGCGGGAAUUUGAGGUCAUUUUGACUCCCGAACUUAAGGCUCAGAUCCAGGCUGUCCAGGUCAAGCUGGAAAGCAUUCGCAGCAUGUUCCAGAACCGGCAGACUUGUUUCCGGAAGCUGACAGAUAAACAUUCCCGGCCCAUCCAACUUGUGGCACCCCGGCCGGAACUCACAGGCAGAUCCAAAUCGCCACUGUUCUCACCCAGACAUGGGAUGGACUUUAAUUCUUCUUUGAAAUUCUCCUUUGAUCUCUCUCUUCCUGGGAAGAAAUCAAGAAAAAACCAAAACUCACGAAAAAUUGAAGUGAUGCAUGAUUAUCAAGAGAAGAGAAAUUCCUUACAGUACUUUAUUUCAGAGAAUGAUGACAGCUUGCAUGUGCUUAAAAGGCAUGUCAUAAACGAGCUAAUAGAGACUGAGAGGGUGUACGUGGAGGAGUUGUUCAUUGUCUUGGUGGGCUACCGAGCAGAGAUGGAAAACCCUGAGAUGAUACCACUUAUGCCAAUGUCCCUGAGAACCAGGAAGGAUAUUCUCUUUGGUAACAUGCCUGAAAUCUACGAAUUCCAUAAGAGAAUUUUUCUGCAUAGCUUGGAAAGCUGCCUUGAAGCUCCACAACGUGUGGGAUUUUGUUUCCUUGAAAGGAGGAAUGAUUUUCAGAUCUAUGAGAAGUACUGUCAGAACAAACCCAGGUCUGAGCUACUUUGGAGACAGCACUCAGAAAGUGUAUUUUUCAUGGAAUGCCAAAAGAAACUGGAUCAUAAACUUGGCCUGGACUCCUAUCUGCUCAAACCAGUGCAGCGCCUGACAAAAUAUCAGUUGCUUUUGAAGGAGUUACUCAAAUACAGCGCCAGCUGCGAAGGAGUUCACGAGCUCCAGGAAGCUCUUGAGGCAAUGUUGGACUUACUGAAGUCAGUCAAUGAUUCCAUGCAUCAGACUGCCAUUACUGGUUAUGAUGGUGACCUAAGUGACUUGGGCAAGAUAUUAAUGCAAGGAUCCUUCAGUGUGUGGAUUAGUCAUAGAAAAGGUGCCACCAAAAUGAAGGACUUUGCCCGAUUCAAGCCCAUGCAACGCCACCUUUUCUUGUAUGAGAAAGCUAUUGUGUUCUGUAAGAGGAGAAAUGAACAUGGAGACGGACAUGAGAAAACACCCUUCUACAGCUUUAAGCACCAUUUGAAAAUGAAUGCUGUUGGAAUCACUGAGAAUGUGAAAGGAGAUAGCCGCAAAUUUGAAAUCUGGUACAGUGGGCGUGAAGAAGUUUAUGUCUUGCAGGCCCAGACUAUGGAAUCCAAGACAGCCUGGUUGAAUGAAAUAAGAAAAAUUUUGAUCAAGCAGCAAGAAGUUGAGAGAGUUGAGAACCAGCAGCGGAACCAGGCUGCGGAAGCUGUUCCAAGUGUUUCUCAGCUGACUGAAGGAAUGCAGCAGCGAGUCUCCAUAAGCUCUGAAGAAAAUGAAUCUGAUCGCACCAGUCCUGGGACAGCAGACAAUUUGACACUGUCAUCUCAGCCUAAAACAAGAAAAAGUUCCUCAGGGACUUCACUGACUGCGGAACUCAAGGACAACCUGGAGGAAUGGGUCAACAGUAGCUUCCUGUUGGCUUGUUCAGACACAGAGGAGGAAGAUGGGAGCCAAUUGUCUCCAAGAAACUGUAAAGUCCUUUCAGGAUGUAAGAAGAAAGAAUGGAAUCAUCAGCUGGUUAAAAUUGGGGAUGCCCGUUCACUCCUACAUGAGAAUGGUGGGGCAGAAGGGUCGGUGAAAAAUCCAUACAGAAGAAAAGAAGUUGUGAAUCCGGGGAACAGUUCACAGAGUGUAAUCUGGCACAGUAGGGCUCGGAAGGCCAAAGCUAAAGAAAACUGAAAAGAUGGCAUCAGAUGCAUUUCAAGACUACGCCACAGGCUGAAUCCAAGACUUUGUUUUUUACCUUUCUCAGUUUCCACCAGCUAGAGCAGAAUGCACCCUUUGGGAGUGGAUUGGCCUACCUUUCCCUCCUUACCUCCCCACCUCAAAACAAAUGCUUUUUAAAUGAGUCAGUUGCCCCCAAAUCCACUGCUGCUGUGGACUCCAGCACUGGGCAAGACAGGUGUAUGGAUCCCAGUAUGACCUGCUCUCUGCUUGAAGAGAGGAGAGAAGAAGAGAGGAUGCUUGUGUCCUUGCAAACAGAACUGCGAUCGAAAUUCGUGUUUUUCCAGCCAUUUAGCGUGCUUCGACCAGCUUUUAAUUAAGCAAUACAGUUUUGACAAAGAAUAAAACCACGGACUGCCAGUGCAAGAUGGGUGAACACUUCUGUGUUCAGGUCACAAGCAUUUGUUCCUUUUCUCAUGUGACUUUCAUGGGGUGGAGACCAUUCAUCUUGAAUAGAAAGUAUCAGAGUUGCCUUUUCCAUAACAUCAGCAUUUUAAAUGUAUGAAAAGAGCCAUAAGUUCUGAUCUUGAACUCAGGAGAAAAUUAAUUACAUUAAUUUUUAGCCCAAUUCAAUGCAGAGUUUCGGAAAUGAAACACGUGAUAGGUUUUUAUUUCACCCCAUUCAUCACCAUAACUAAUCACAGUAGCUUUGAAGGCACAUGAGCACCUUUUUUUGUUUUGUUUUAUAAAGGGCUUGCUAACAAAGAAAUGUAAAUCCACUUAGGGCCCACGCAUGCAGAAAAGGGCUUAAUUUGCUAAGACAAAUCCUUGAUUUUAAGCUUCCAUGUACUUUGGGAAACAUUAGUUUUUGCUACCCAUAAUUAGUUUCCAUUGCAAUCACAAUCGGAUUAAUGGCAGGUAGAAUAGUAUGGUUACGAUAGUCCCUGGUUUUAAAUCUUCCCUAUGCCACUUUACUACCCAAGUAACCUGAUUCAAGUCACUUAACAUUUCUGUGCCUCAGUUUCCUCAAGUGUAAAAUGAGGGGGUCGGACUACAUGAUUUCUCAUAUAUGCUUUCCACCCCUCAAUGUAAUAGUGGAAACAUUGCUCCCCUCCACCAAUAUGUUUUAGAAAAUUGGACCUUUUGCAACAGUCUAAGCAUCCUGGUGGUGAUCAUCAUUUUCUGAGCAGUUAAUAAGCACCUCUCUUUACUUGAAGAUUGACUGCAGAGGACAUGGCCUCUGCCCACCAGGAGUAACCAAUCAGAUCCACCACACACAAUGACAUAGUGGUUAUUAUUUGGAAGGCACUGUAAGAAGGUGGCUAGAGAACCAGACUUGGAAACAGAGGAGACUUUGGUUUCAAAUCCUGCCUCUGAUGCUUGCUCACCAUGAGGUCCUGGGCGAGUCAUUUUUACCACUCUGAGCCUCAGCUUCCUCAUCUGUGAGGUGGGAAUACCAAUAACUGUACUAUUUUCCUCACAAGAUUGCUGUGAGGCUCAGGUGGGAGUAUGUUUGUAAAGUACUUUGCCAUCUUUUAAGUGCAAUAAAAAUGCCACCUAUUAUUUUUAAUAAUUAAAGAUAAGGUGCAUUUUCAAAUUCCGGAGCCAAAUCAGUUGAUUGAAAAUCAACCCUCUUCAGUGGACCAUGGUAGAGUGAAAUUUUAUUAUAAUGGUCUUGAUCAGGCUGUCCAGCCUCACAAGACAUUGUACCUGACCAUUUGCUGAGUAUUGAAAUGUUAGAAUAAAAAGCUUUUUCUAAUGCAUGUGCUAGGAGGUGGGUGGGAUAUUUUUAAAAUUGUGUUUUUUUGAAAAGUCAUUAGAAUAUUACUGUUUGUAGACUUUAUGUGAUCAUAGAAAAUCUGCACUUUAAUAAGGUUAAUUCCAGCCCUUAAAUGUGAUCUCCAUGCAUACAGCAUUCUUGGCAAAGCAUCUAUGAAAUCUGGGCUUAAGACAGAGGCAUUCUGUUUAUUUUGCUUCCCAGUCUUUGUGUCAUCAAAUAGAUGCCAUUAAAUAACGAUGACGGAUGUCAACUGACUAUACAUUUGGAAGGUUUCUGUGGCAGAAGGCAUUCUGGGAAGGAAAAUAAUAACAUCAUGCUUCAUUACUUUGUAGACGCCUCUUUGAGUAAAAUAAGAAAGAUAAAUCCCCCUUGAAAUAAGGGAGUUUCCCCCUCCCCCUUACAUUUGGGCACUCCUUUUGCAGGCAAGAACUAACAUUUCCCCCUCAGUGGUAUUACUGGGGUAAAAAAAUAGCACAAUGAUAAUGGUAAGCACCCUGCCCUGUCCAUGGUACUCACUGCCUCAAUUUCAUCCACCCUAAGAUGGAAUGGACCCCAAUUUCAACACUGGGUAGCAGUGCUCUUAGGAAUUACCUCCAUUUCCCCAUCAGAAGCAAGGGAGGAGAUGCAGGCUUCUUUUUAUUUUUCUAAGCACAUCCAUUCUAGACUCCACCUCCCAAAUUGGACAUCAGGUCAAUCUAACCUUCACUCAUUGAAAACCAUCUCUGUUUCUCUAUCUAGACACUUGGGGGAAGGGUAGCUGGUACCUUUUGCUUGACCAAAGAGAAAAGAGCAGGUGGUUGUUCCUCCGUCUUACUUUUUCUUAAAAAAAUGUACUUGUCUCUUCUCACUCUGUGGCUAUAAUGUAGCAAACCAAUGGAUCAUUAAUUAAAUAGUUCUCAGUAGUACAGACUUAAAUAGAAUUAAAUAGUUCACAAAAGCACCUCUUUUUGCAGUUUGAACCACCCAGGGUUAUGAGAUCAGCAUUCAGACUCCCCAAAGUUCCAAGGCCAAAUGGAAGUGGUAAGGGUUACGUUUGCUGACUUGUGACUUUGGGAAGUGUGUGCCAUAGCUAUUCUCACAUACAUAUAUGCAAGAGAGAUAUCUUUUUCAGCAUCUUUACCUCCUUUUAAAUUUUGGAAAGAAAACAAAAGCACUAUCCUAAUAAAUGUUUUUUCACAAUGUGUGCUGUGUUUCUUCGAGAUUUCCCCCUUUUUUUGGUAACACACACUUUUUUCAGUCUGUAAGAAUACAAUUUCCUGUUUUGAAAUCCUAGGGGACAGUAGUGUGUGUGUGGUAGUGAAUGUGAGCCAUCUGACUUGCCUUAAACAUUUUCUAUCGUAGUUUGGAAGGUGACUUUUUGGCAACUGUUUUUCUGAGCCAUGAUUUCAGAGUUGUACGAUAAAAAGUGCACAUUUUUUCUGUGAUUGUUUCUGUAUCAAGGGAUUGUCAAGCACUUCAAUGACACUGGAAUACUGUGGUACAGUACUAUUCUUUUCUCUAUUCUAUUUAACACCAUAGGCCAGUCUUGGUGAUUGUGAGAUUGUACUAAUGGUAUAACAAAUCAGCUAGAUUUUAAUCAGAAAUCUGGAAACUUGAUAUUUUCUUACAUUGUCUUAGUUGCUGCAGUCUGUCAUGGACAAUUUUAAAAUCAUUCAUGAAUAUGUUGGUAUAUUUUAAAUUUCCCUAUAGAUUGAAUCUAAAUACUAGAUUUGCAAUUAAUUUGUCAUAUGUGCCAGUCCUAUAUAGUUAGAGGACAAACUUAAUAGAUAAUAUAUUGCUGUAAGAACAGUAUUCCUUAGCAUUUAACACUUUUGUGUGGAAAACAUGGGGGUCUUUUUGGCUCCCAUAGUCGCCAAUGUAACUGUUUGAUUUUUUAGGGUAUUGUUUAGGGUAUUUAGGUUCUAUAGAUAAAUAUUUCUGUUCUAAUAUUUUAAAAAUUUUCAUUCUACACACUUAAUAUUUGGGUUUUUUUGUGUGUUUACAAAUGCAAUCGCAGUAUCGGAAUUUGACAAGAUUCUAGUUGUAACUUACAAUAACAAAAUCACUCUAAUUUUGAAACUCAAAUUCUGUUAAGAUGCACUUAUUAAAACUGUUAAUUCUCUUUGAAAAUCAAAAGCUUAAAUAAAUGUAUUCAUAACUACCAAUUUUAUUUCUGUCUAGUAAAGUAUUGAUUGUAUGCCCCUCAUUCAUUGUCUGCUCCU